AUGGAAGAUCUCUGUAAUCAUGUCAACCGCGCAGGAGAAUGUAGUUGUUCAUCUAAAUCAUCAAUUUAUGCUCAAUCUCACUCUGAAAUAGACUUUGAGAGAGGAAUAUGGCAAGCUGCGCAGGAUGGCGAUGUAAACAGAAUGAAUGAAUGAAUGACAUGAAUGAAAAACUUUAUUCAUGUGACAAAUCGAUCUAGCCGAGGGUAAGAAACCCUCUACUAAUAGGGGACACCUAACCCUUGCGAACUGAAUUCCCAGUUUUCUGGGAAUUCCUAGGAAUUCUCAAAAAUUCCCAAUUAUGCAAAUGACCCUUGCAAACUGAAUUCCUAGUUUUCUGGGAAUUCCUAGGAAUUCUCAAAAAUUCGGCUGUGACUAAAAGUGGGACGGGGACGUGGGACUUGGAACUCGAGGACGUGGGACUCGGGACUCGGGGACGUGGGGCUCGGGGACACGCGGGGACUCGGGGACGUGAUAAACAAACAACACCUAACAUUUGCGCUGAAUUUGUAGAGUAUAAUUUUCGAUGGUCUCAUGAAAGCUAUUUUAUGCUGGAGAGCUUGUUAGUAGUAGCCGAUGGUUUUCAGCGUCCAUGGUUCGGCCGGACAUUUUUGCUUGCUUAUUUGACCGUGAGAACUCUGGGUACAGAAUAGUUUCAACGCAGGGGGUCUUGAAACAUCCGUGCCUUAUCCUUGCUAAAAAAGAAUAAGGAAGAAAACACAGUUACUUACAAGGAAAGUCCUCCAUGGCUGCUCACGAUGUUUCCCUGCGUUGAAACCAUUCUGUACUCAGAGUUCUCACGGUCAAACAGGAAAGAAAAACAUAUCCGGCCGAACCAUGGACGCUGGAAAUCAUCGGCUACUACUGACAAGCUCGGGUGACGUUAUAGCGGAGGCGUUCGUCGAGGAUCGAACACACAAGUUUAUAGUACAGCGAUUAAAUUCAAAAUAGGUUAUGUAGGCUAAAGCACUUGUUUCCACGAAAAGUUCAAACCUGAGAUGUACAAGAUCGUCCUGAACAAAGGAGCCUUGAGGUCCUGCAGCAGUGGUUGUCAUAAAAUAACUACUGUGAUAUAUUUCUUUUGAACAAUUUUCACGGGAUUUUUACCCGUGAGCUAAAUGCGAAUACAAAUAUUUUUAUAACGGACACAUAAAAUAGCAUGACACCGUUACUAUUUUCUUCCAGUAUCAAUCAUUAGAAGAAGAAAUAUUACUUAAUGCAUGAUCGUGUAGUUUAUAGCGAUUCCUGAAAUCCUAGAUUCAUGAAAACAAGCCAUCAAACUACACUUCUCUGUUUUUGUUUAGUCACAUGUAGCUCACAGAUAAAGAUAUACAAAAACAGAUAAAAAUUUUUUCAGUAUGUUUGAGCUAUUUACUAGGUUAUCAAUGCGCCAAUAAGCCUAACGGUAACGUUUGAAUUUUAGACGGUAACUUCGUCUCUUAAAAAGUAAAUUAUGAGAAAGAUUCUCCUCGCAGCGUUGAGUCCGUUGAGAGAAGUUCAACGUUUUUUGCUUACGUAAUACGAAAAAUUUGUCAACACUGAAACGUCAAAUGAUUCGUGAAAUAACGAACGGGAAUUUCAGGAAUUGUAUACACUCUACGUUUAUGGGGAAUUCUGAAGCAAAUGGAUGUAAAUGACCUUCCCGAUUUUGUUUCCUCAAUAUGCGAAAAGUUCGAUGGAUUCCUCCACUAAAUACCUAAAAAAAACUAAAACAGUUUCGCGGGUUAUGCAAAUAUCGAAUGCUACUGGUACGUUUUAUUAUAUUUCAAACACUGUUUUCAAAAGGAAUUCUCAUCUUUGUUGGUGUGUGGAGGCAAUGCCGAGUUUCAUUGCUUAGAUGGUAAACGGUUUGCCGAAAAAUUGGAUCGAUACAUUACCACCAUUGUGUUCAAAGACGGGAGACGCUGCAAAUGCAUAGUUUGAAAAAGUAUUUCGGUAUACUAGAUUACGCACUUAGAGUGUUUUCCAAGUGCUUUCCUUUAUAUGAAAUACCUUUAAAUAUUUCAACACUUUUCCGCCCAGUGCAUUGCGUAACUUAAGUUUGCGUAAGUUUUUUGCUCUAUUUUCAUGACUAAUUGCUGUAAUUUGUUUUGUUGUUUUUAUUCUUACAAAACAUUUUUGUAAGAGUUCCAAUACUUGUGGAUCAUCCACACUGCAAACAUUUGGCAUGCAGACAAGACAGAGGUAGUCAAUGUUCCCUUUGAGAAAAAACACCUUUUAAAUGAUGUCUUUAAUUUACUUUAUUUGAAACUCUGAUCUGAAAAUAUUUGUCAACAAGACUUGUUAGUAGUGAGAAGUAACAACCAAGUUUCCUUUCAUAACUUAAUUUCUUAAAUGUCCCAAUCACUGGAUCUCCAAAAAAUGUUACAUCUUUUAUUUUUGGUGCAAAAUACAAGUCCUUUUUUAUAUAAAAAUGAAAAGUGCAAGUCACACUUCAAUAAUAACAGCUCUAAAGUUUACUUGUUGUUCUUCUCUGUCUGUCAGCUAUCAACAAAAUUGUUUUAUACUUCGGACAAUGCAUAACUAUUUGUGGACCAGAGUUCCAACGCACCUCUGUAAUCGCAUAUAGCUACUUCUGUCUCUUGUACAAAUGUUUCUCCUUUGUAAGACGCACUCUACUCUGUUGUCACUACUGCUUUAAGUUCAGUGGAAACGACUGACUGAGGAAUCGAGAUGGCGGUGUUGGAACGUGUUGCUGAACGCUUGCUACGGUCAAGCUUUGUAGAUUUAGGUACUGGUACACUGGGAUCAUCUAUGUGUCUCUUAUACUUCCUAAUGUGGUAUCCUUCUUUUAUAAAUAUGAGGGUAAAAGACGAUUUGUAGUCACAUUCAAAACUGUGAUUGGUUUAUGUUAUUUCUCACCUUUGCCAUUAACACAACUCAAGUGAGUUUCGAGUCUUUGUUCCCUCGACAACUUUCGGCCACAAAUCGUGCAUUUGUAAUACGAUCGAUUCUUGUCGAUUAUUUCUUCCUAGAGUGAGCUCACAUCUUUAUUUAUAUCACCAAGCUAUCCAUCUUCUAGAAGCAGAGAACCGGUCGGAGAAGUCAGAAUAAAGUUGGGCGCUUCUCUUAUCACUGCAAUCGGCAAGCCAGCGGAUUCACUUUGCUAGCCAAUGACAAGUCGUAAAAGAUCCACGUGAUCAUGCCCGUGAUCGGAAACAAAGAAGACUCCAUUUGGCGCUCAUCUUUGAAUUUACUUUUCAUCGGUUGAUCGCUUUUCUCAACUGUUUUGCUUAAUAUAACAUUUCUAAAGAUAGCUUUUAUUGUGGUUAUUGUGGUGUGUAAUUUUCCCAGUAAUUCUUAAACAUUCCUAAAAAUUCCCAACAAUUCCCAGAAUUCCUAGGAAUUUUUUAGAUUUACAGCUUUUCAGGGAAAGUCAUUGGUUCUCUGAGUUGGAAUUCCUGGGAAUUCCUAGGUAUUCCAAGUCCUGUUGGCUGUAAACAUGGAAUUUCUGGGAAUUUCUGGGAAUUUCUUGGAAUUUCUUGGAAUUUCUAGGUUUUUAGAACCAGAGUUGUUAUGGUUGGGAAUUCCCAGUCCGAAUUUACCGUGAAAAUUCACACCUUUAUUCCUAGGAAUUCCAAAAGCCAUUUCGCAAGGGAAACUUAAUACAAUAAGUUAAAAUUUGACUAAUUUAACUAUUUACAAUAGAUAAAAUUUAAAUACGUCAUUGACAUUAAGAACAAAAAGUUUAAACUACCUUAUUUAAUACUCAUUAUUAAAUCAAAUAAACACAUAGAGCGUUCCCAGAGCCAGAUAAUUGUUCAUGUGCUACAUAGAACACAGUUCUCACAAUCGUGUUCUAAUUUAGACGAAAGGUUAGUUAAACAGAUCUGCAUACUAAGGUUGUUGUCAAUAAUUAAGAUUGGUACAUGUAUAAUCAAUGCACUAUAUUCUGGUCCCGAGGGUGUCUCAUGAAUGUAGCUCUCACAAUAUUUCCUAUUCACCUACCCCCUGCAAGUGCACCUGCCCAAUCUAAUUAUGAAAUAAAAGUUUAUAAUUGAUUCUCAAGGGUGAGCUACAGAGAAAGAAAAACAAACAAAAAUAAGGCUGAAAAAAUUGCAACCUGUCUGCCCUAUACUGCUUGGCUGUUUCUACCAACUCAACUAUGAAGCUUAAUGUCAGAAGCAAAGAAAAUUUUGAAGUGUUCUUCAUUUCCAUGAAGGAAGGUUUGAGAAACAUGGGCCACUUAUGCAGUUUAAAACUUUUUAUAGGUUAUUUACCCAUAUCUGUUUUCCUUCUUCUUUAUUAUGCCAGCCGCAGUGGCCAUGAAGAAGUCUGUCAGUUGCUCCUGGAACAAGGAGAAAAUUUGAAUGCCCAGACAAGGUCAGGCAAAGUGUCAUCACUACACAGAGCAGCAUACUCUGGUCACGUGUCAGUGGUGAACCUGCUUAUCAAAUAUGGUGCUGAUCCAAGACUUUGUGAUAGUGAUGGACAAAUCCCUUUGCACAAGGUAACAAUGAAACUGUUGUGGUUUGAAAUGAAUGUAGGUUAA